AUGGACAGAUGCCGAACCUGCAUGUCGGAUGAUUGCGUCCAGCUCAUCCCGGUCUAUUCUAAGCUGGAGGAUUCUUUCAUCGCAAACAUCAUCAUGGAGUACACCUUUAUACAGAUUCGUGAAAACGACGGUCUCCCAAUGCAUGUGUGCUAUAAAUGCACGGAAACCCUGAAACUGUUGGAUAAUUUCAUAAAAAAGGCACGCAGCUGCGAUCGUCAGUUGCGUAUGCUUUGCAAAACUGAGGUCGAUCAAACGAUAAAUUUAGAUAACGGCGAACCAGAUCAGGCAAAGCAUGAUCCUGAUGCUUUUCAGUUUGCGGAGGUGAAAAUCGAACCGGGAGAGGAAAUCCUUUCCGAAUAUCUAGCCUCUGAACAAGAGGAGAUGUACUCCGGCGACGAGACUCGCGAUGCCGGAAAUGCUAGCGAAAGCGAAGUAUCCACUGAUUCUAGUGGCGAUGAUAGCAAAAGCGACGACAGUGAGAGCGAGAGCGAAUGGAAAGGAAGCGAUGAGGACGUCGAAGCCCAGCAUGUAACAAACGAUUCAGUAUUGAAAAAGAGGCGAGGUAGACGACCAAAGCCAAAACCGGUAAAUACGGAUGAUAGACCAUUGCUUAAUAAACGAAGGUCCAAAAAGGGCGAGGAUUUUUCUUUGAAUGAAUACGAACGCGAGUUGUACACCGAGAUAACGGUUGAUAAAAGAAAGCACAUUUGUUGUGGUUGCCUGCUGAUAUUUGAUACACCCGAGGAGCUGGAAGGACACCGUCGGAAGACCCACACUCCGAAGAGAGACACCACUAAAAUACAGGAAAAUGGAAAGGUGCUCUGCGAUGGAUGUCUGCGAAAGUACAAAUCAAAACGACGGGUCAACUAUCACAAGGAACGCGUGCGACAGCUAGAAAUCAUUUGGGAGUGUAACAAAUGCAAGAAUCGUUUUUCCGAGGCAACCAGGCGACGGUCCCACGCAUUAAAGCAUCCACGGCGAAUCAAUUCUUCGGCUUUUGUGGCGCCUAUCAAGGAAAUUGUUCAACAGGAACUCGGCUGGAUUUGCUGCGCGCAGUCCUGUGGUUUAUCAUUUCCCACCGAAGCGGAGCUGAUUGGCCAUGCUCACAAAGCCCAUCAAAUCAACAAACAGGAAGCGGAACUGGAAGAGAAUCUAGACAAACCGGUACAGUGUCAGGUCUGUUUCCGCCGCUUUCAUGACAAGACUGGACUAAUCAAUCAUCAGCAACGGCUUUAUCGGUUGCACAAGUACCAAUGUGCGCUCUGUGGGCUGCAGUUCAACAGUGGCGGACGAUUGAACGAGCACGAACUUACGCAUCAGAACGAGAAACCUUUUAAAUGUGAACUUUGCGACAAAACUUUCACUCAGAAGGGAAAUCUAAAGACGCACAUGUCUAUUCACACCAACGAAAAACCUUUUCAGUGUACCGUUUGUGGCAUGUCCUUCCGUCAAAAGGGUGGGUUAAAGACCCACAUGUCUAAUCACGUGGAAAAACCUCAGUUUAAGUGCGAAGUAUGCUCAAAGCUUUUCAAAGCAAAACUUCAUUUACGAUAUCACAUGCGGAUUCACAGUGGGGAGAAACCCUUCCCUUGUCGAUAUUGUGAGAAAGCGUUUACUGAUUUUACUAAUCGAAUGAGACACGAGAUGAGUCAUACUGGAAUCAAGCCAUACAAAUGUUCAUUUUGUGAGAAAUCUUUCAUCAGGAAACGCUUCCUGAUGGAACACGAAAGCACCCAUACGGGUGUCAAAAUGUACAACUGUGAUGUUUGUCUGCAAAGCUUUGGUCAGAAAAAUUCUCUCAAAAAGCACAUGUCAACGGUACAUCCCACCUUUACUACUAACUCACACCAGCCGGUUCCGCCGGUACCAGUGGCACAGCUGUCACCGACCAGCUCCAGUUCGAUGUCAAUGCCCCCGCAGAUACAUCCGAUUCCACUGACCAGUCAUCUCAUAGCCGGCUAUCAUCAGUCGCACUAGUAGCGACACAGCCAUAUGUUCAGCGCAGUUUUCCAUGACGUAUUAUGUAUGAUGUCACCACAGCCAAUCCAGGUAUAAU